AUGGAAACGAACUACCCACUUCAGGUUAGACCGGAAAUAGAAACACUGCACACAGGGACAGAGCAAGCAUUUGCCUUGACUGUCUGGUUCGAGCAUGAUAUCAUCCCACUUUGUGACAAUCACGCCACCCAACCACCAGCCGAUAUCAAGAAGCGUGAUUUCGAGCACAAGAAGCUAAGCGAGACGAUGCCUAUAGGGAUGCUGAAAAUGGAUGGAAUUGAAACAGGUGGUGCUAUGAUGUUACGCAAUGCCCGCAAGGACCGCAUGAAACGAUUACAACAAGCUUUACUUUGGCUGGAUGAGGCCGCAAUGACAUAG